AUGUACCGACAAUUAGAUAUUGCUACUCGCGCUGGGAUGAACGGACUUUGUGUGUGCCCGAUUCUCCUUCUGUGUUGGAUAUUUGAGUAUUUCCCUUGCUUUCGACCAGAGGUUUCCCCGACAUAUACAGAGUUCGAGCCCCGGUGCAGAAAGUGGGCCUCUGGCGGUAGUUGUAGGAAGAAAUUGCAGUAUUAUCGGAAGUUGCUCGACGAAAUGUCAGAAAGAGAUGUUCACUGGACACCAUAUGGGGCUAAUGCACAUUACCAGAUUUCUCGUAGUAUGUAUUACGGCACUAUACAGUUCAUGGAGAUAGUGGAGCCGUACAUGCCAGACCGUAUUAUACGGCAAUAUGGUAGAGUCCAGACGAUCCCGUUUCACAUUAUCGAAUUUGCUGAGCCCCACCACCGCGGUAUGUAUGCUAAGGGUUACAAGAUCACAUUUCACGCAUCCGGCGGCAUGUGGGAGAAUGAAAAUGCCAACUUCAUUAACUUAUCGAACUACGGGAAAGCGUGGCCUCCUGAAACAAUUCAUCCAAAUUAUAUGAAGUGGUAUGUGAAACGUAUGCACCAGUAUUUGUGCAACCCCACAAGAGCGUCAGCUUCAGUUCAGCCCGUUAUUGCCCCCCACCAGAUCAGCCGUUUGCGAACGAGAUAG